CGGAUAACGAAGCGAAUAUCCCAUCUAUCCGUCCGCCCAGGCGGGCCCACCCCGACGCGUGAUCGAUCCUUUUUCCUCUCCGGUCGCCGCCUCCCUCCCUCCGCCGCUCUCUUCCCCCCACUCGCGCGCUCCUCCCAAAUUCGAAGCCCCGAGCAGCCGGCGACGAGGGCCAUGGCGGGCGGCGGGAAGGUGGCGUGCGCGGCGUGGAUCCGGCGCCGGGAGGACAAGGCGACGCGCGUCUUCGCGGUGUACGGGCGGGCGGCGGCGGCGGAGUCCGCCGUGGAGGUGCUCGGGUUCGACUCCCAGGACUGCUCCCUCUCGUCGGAGCCUCUGGCGAGGGCGGUGCUCGGGGAGGAGCCGGGCGACGCGCCGCGCGGCAUCGCCGUACACCCCAGCGGCGAUGAGCUCGUCUGCGCCACGGCCAAGGGUUGCAGGCUAUUCAAGCUGAUUUUUGAAGAGUUCACCGUUCGACUUCUUUCAAGGGACGUUCCAUCUCUUGAUUCUGUUGGACCUCAGAAAUGUCUUGCUUUUAGCACAGAUGGUGCGAAAUUUGCCAUCGGUGGUGAGGAUGGGCACCUCAGAAUAUUUCAUUGGCCAAGCAUGAAUGUGCUUUUAGAUGAACCCAAAGCUCAUAAGUCCUUCCAAGACAUGGAUAUCAGCUUAGAUUCGGAAUUUUUAGUUUCCACAUCGACUGAUGGUUCUGCAAGAAUAUGGAAGAUAGAUGAAGGGGCACCACUGGUCAAUUUGACUCGAUCUUCGGAUGAGAAGAUUGAAUGUUGUCGUUUCUCUCGGGACGGUAUGAAACCUUUCCUGUUUUGCACUGUUGCAAAAGGUAACAAAGUUGUAACUGUUGUUUGGAACAUAAGUGAUUGGAGUCGAAUUGGGUACAAAAGACUUCUGGGAAAACCUAUCUCCACGCUUUCAGUUAGCAUGGAUGGGAAAUAUCUAGCUUUAGGAAGCCAUGAUGGUGAUUUUUGUGCUGUGGAUGUAAAGAAGAUGGAGGUUUCUCACUGGAGCAAGAAGGUGCAUCUUGGUUCCCCGGUUUCCUCAAUUGAAUUUUGUCCCACUGAAAGAGCUGUAAUCUCCACAUCGCAUCAGUGGGGAGCAGAGUUGACAAAGCUGAAUGUUCCUGCUGACUGGAAAGAAUGGCAAGUCUGGCUCAUUCUCAUAUCUCUCUUCCUAGCAUCAGCCAUCCUGUUCUAUAUGUUCUACGAGCGCUCUGAUUCCUUCUGGAACUUUCCGAUGGGGCGGCAUCAGCCAGCCAAGCCAUGGAAUGUCCUGAAGGAGUCUCCUCCAGUUCCUGAGGAUAAGAACCCCUGGUGAAAUUAUCUUUCAAUGUUGUUUAUUUCAUAAAGGAACUUUUUUUUUACCAGCGUGAUUCAUGUUGUACCAUUCAACUUGUUCACUGAUCUGACCACGUCAGUAUUUAUCUAGGGAAAUCACUAUGCCACAGUAAUUGGUGGUCUGAUGGUGGUUAUGAAAAUGCCAUCGACUGCCAAUGAGACGUUCAGUGGCAUUUUUCAGUCUAUAAAACCUUGCAGUGGGAUUUGUCCACAUGCCUAUUUUCCCCCUUCUCUGUGGUAAUCUAUAACUGAAUUGGUCAAUGUAUUUUGUAUAUGUGGUUUGGAAAUGUGAGUACAAGUAUAUGAACUCUGCUUUAAUUAAACCACUAGCAAUUGCUAAUUGAAGGAUGUUUUUCCUUGAA